CUGAGCAGGGAGAGGCAGGGCGUUCGCAGCGCCCCACGCCCGCCCGCAGCGGCCUCACCGCAGCGCCUGCGCCCUCCCCAGCCGGUGCGCGGGAGCCGCGGGGGCAAAGGCGCCGCGGUAGGACCAGCGCUCGGCGCCCGCCUCGCCGGCUCUCCUCCGCGCGCUCCGGCCAGCGCCAGCGCCAGCUCGCCAAGAUGAAGAAGCUCCAGGGAGCUCACCUCCGCAAGCCUGUCACCCCAGACCUGCUGAUGACUCCCAGUGACCAGGGCGAUGUGGACUUGGAUGUGGAUUUUGCAGCAGAUAGAGGCAACUGGACGGGCAAACUGGACUUCUUGCUGUCCUGUAUCGGCUACUGUGUGGGCUUGGGAAAUGUCUGGCGGUUUCCCUACCGAGCCUACACCAAUGGAGGCGGAGCCUUCCUUGUCCCCUACUUCCUCAUGCUGGCCAUCUGCGGCAUCCCCCUCUUCUUUCUCGAGCUCUCCCUGGGCCAGUUCUCCAGCCUGGGACCCCUGGCUGUCUGGAAAAUCAGCCCCCUCUUCAAAGGUGCGGGCGCGGCCAUGCUGCUCAUCGUGGGCCUGGUGGCCAUCUACUACAACAUGAUCAUCGCCUAUGUCCUCUUCUACCUCUUCGCGUCCCUCACCAGCGACCUGCCCUGGGAGCACUGUGGCAACUGGUGGAACACAGAGCGCUGCCUGGAGCACAGGGGCCCCAGGGAUGGCAAUGGGGUGCUGCCCCUUAACCUCAGCAGUACCGUCAGCCCCAGUGAGGAGUACUGGAGCCGCUACGUCCUGCACAUUCAGGGCAGCCAGGGCAUCGGCCAGCCUGGGGAGAUUCGCUGGAACCUUUGCCUCUGCCUGCUGCUGGCUUGGGUCAUCGUGUUCCUCUGUAUCCUCAAGGGGGUGAAGUCCUCGGGCAAGGUGGUGUAUUUCACAGCCACCUUCCCCUACCUCAUCCUGCUCAUGCUGUUGGUUCGAGGGGUGACCCUUCCGGCCUGGAAGGGCAUCCAGUUCUAUCUCACACCCCAGUUCCACCACCUGUUGUCUUCCAAGGUGUGGAUUGAAGCUGCUCUUCAGAUCUUUUACUCGCUGGGAGUGGGUUUUGGGGGUCUCCUCACCUUCGCCUCCUACAACACAUUCCACCAGAACAUCUACAGAGACACCUUCAUUGUCACUCUGGGCAACGCCAUCACCAGUAUCCUGGCUGGCUUCGCUAUCUUCUCAGUGCUGGGCUACAUGUCUCAGGAGCUGGGUGUGCCUGUGGACCAGGUGGCCAAAGCGGGCCCUGGCCUGGCCUUUGUUGUCUACCCACAGGCCAUGACAAUGCUGCCCCUGUCACCCUUCUGGUCCUUCCUCUUCUUCUUCAUGCUUCUGACUCUUGGCUUGGAUAGCCAGUUUGCCUUUCUAGAGACCAUCGUGACGGCAGUGACAGACGAAUUCCCCUACUACCUGCGGCCCAAGAAGGCGGUGUUCUCAGGUCUCAUCUGCGUUGCCAUGUACCUCAUGGGGCUGAUCCUCACCACCGAUGGCGGUAUGUACUGGCUGGUCCUUCUGGAUGACUACAGCGCCAGCUUCGGACUCAUGGUGGUGGUGAUCACCACGUGCCUCGCGGUCACCCGGGUAUAUGGCAUCCAGAGGUUCUGCCGAGACAUCCACAUGAUGCUGGGCUUCAAGCCAGGCCUCUACUUCAGGACCUGCUGGCUGUUUCUGUCCCCAGCCACACUGCUGGCCCUGCUGGUGUACAGCAUCGUCAAGUACCAGCCCUCGGAGUAUGGCAGCUAUCGCUUCCCUGCCUGGGCUGAGCUGCUGGGCAUCCUCAUGGGCCUGCUCUCCUGCCUCAUGAUCCCCGCUGGCAUGCUGGUGGCUGUGCUUCGGGAGGAAGGCUCCCUCUGGGAGCGGCUUCAGCAGGCCAGCAGACCCGCUAUAGACUGGGGCCCAUCACUGGAAGAGAACCGGACGGGCAUGUAUGUGGCCACACUGGCCGGGAGCCAGUCACCAAAGCCGCUGAUGGUACACAUGCGCAAAUACGGAGGCAUCACCAGCUUCGAGAAUACGGCCAUUGAGGUGGACCGCGAGAUCGCCGAGGAGGAGGAAGAGUCCAUGAUGUGAGAUUGGAAACUACCAGACCGGAGGGCUGGCCAGGGCCUCACAGUCUCUUCCUUGGGGGCUGCAGGGGACAGCGAUGUCUGCUGGGAUCCUGAAAGGCAGUUGGAGGUUGCCACAGCAAUGCCAGUCCCCAGUGUAAGUCCCUCUCGGUGGCCUCUGCCUCUCCUGGGACCUCCAUCUAGAGGGACAUACACACAUACUAUGUAGUCCAUUCAAAGCUGAAACGAUCCAGCUCAGCCCUCACUUUGCAGAGGGACGUGUUGAAGCCGGAGAGGGACGAGCUGGUCCAAGGUCACAUGGCCAAGAGGACUUGUUUCCAAGCCUCCAGCCAGCCACCUCCCUUUCUCUUGGGGCAGCGGGCUCCAUAUUUGACAUCUUUGUUCAGACAUUCUGACAAGACACAUUUCCAUACAAGCCCACUUUAAACCUGGGGUUCCAGGGAGUAAGAAACCUGGAGGGUUUUCCUGGAUUUGGAGAAUUAGUAAAAUGAACUGGGCAGAAAAAAAAAAAUCUCUGUGGGUUCCUGUGUUAAGGCCACGUUCUCCCAAGAGAUGGGAACUCGGGGGCUGGGGGAUGUGGAGGAUCACAGAUCAGACAGGAGGGGGGGGGGGUGUAUGGGCCAGAGCUGUCCCUGAGCCAGGAGGAGGCCAACCUGCCAGAGCAGAGACCGAGAAUGUCUGGAGAGGGUGGUGCUCACCGGUUAUGAGAGGGAGCCAGAGAGGUGGGGUUGGAGGGGACUUGCAUGGCACCACAUAUUGCUCUAGGUCUGUCUAGGGGCAGGUAUAGAGAUGGGAGGCUUCUGAAGGACAGGUGAGAGACAGGUCCUAGUGGCUGGAGUCAGGCACUAGGGUGGGAGUAGAUAGAGUUCACCCGUCACCACAUGGACGUUGUGCCUUGGGCUGGCAGAAGGCCCGAGGAGCACCCACCAUGGAGGUCGGGAUGGAGGCUGCGGUCAGGACCCUUCUCCCCUGUCCCCGUGGCUUCCCGUGACAGAGACGACCAAGACUCAGAGAUGGUCCACGAAGGACAUGUGUCCUGAUGCUGCAAGGCACCUGCCAUGAGGGCAGCCUCCGUCCUGGGUCCCUGGGAGAUGGCGUUCAGGUGUGGCCACCAGGUGUCCUGACAUUGCAUUUCCCAGCGGAGCAGGGUCCUUUCACGCAGCAUAGCCAGUGGCCUCUGUGCCCACCCCUCUCCUGGCAUCUCCCCAGCCCAUUUGUGUUCUGCUGGCUGAUUGUCAAUAAAUACCAAAUGAGGUCACCCUC